AUCACUUGUUUUUUAACUAGUAAUAUUAUUCGAUCAAACGCGAAUGAAAUAUCAAGUUAAAACAAAAAAAAUGUAUAGAACUUCUGUUAUAUCUUGUAUUCUUUUCGCUUCAAUAUGUAGCGGCACUGGAAAUCCAUUACCGGAAUAUGUAUCUCUGUACUUCAAACCAAACCAAGCAAGUGAAAAUGGGGACAGUCGUGGUUACGGCCAGGCAAUAGCAAACACUGAUUUAAUGGCAGGCAAACUACCAUCAAUGACUUUGGCCAGGUUUAAAGAUAGUGUUUAUUACUUUGCAGGCAUCUUCAAGGGGAAUCAUUACCAGGCAACGCAGUUGUGUAAAUAUCAUAAUAUGGAUUUAGUUAGUAUAGAAACAAAAGAAGAAAAUGAUUUUCUGUACGAAUAUAUGACUUCAUUUUACGGAAAUACCGACUACAUAUUUUGGACUUCUGGAUCUAUCGAUAAUCUUUCUGACUGGAUAUGGAUGGGUACAGGCAAACCGAUUAUUUUCGCUAAUUGGUUCCCCAAACAACCAGAUAAUGCUGGCAAUAACGAAAAAUAUUUGGAAGUUAAUUACAGUCUAAACAAUAAAGGACUAAUGUGGAACGAUCGUAUCAGCACUUUUCAGAAUUACGCAAUUUGCGAACUUACUGUUCCAAAAAGUGUAUCGGAAGUUUUAGCGAAUAUUGAAAUCUAAUGAAAUCAAUCAAUUUGAAAUCAUCUGAUUGAAGAUAAGCAGUCAGUACAACAUUAUAUGGGCUUUUUUCACUUUAUUACAUUGCCAUGGAUACAUAUUGAUUUAAUUCGAUUCUGAUGCUUCAAAUAUGUCAUGAUUUGGUUGUAAUACUGACAGUAUUGUUAAUAAAAUAUACAAAAAAAACGUUUACAGUAAAAAAUUUGUAUGGAA